AUGCCUUCCUCCUCACUAGCAGACUACCUCGCCAAAAACUACCUUACCGCCGACCCACCAGCCCCCGCCGACCGCCCCAAAAAGAAACGCAAGAAGACCAGCAAAACCGAAGAAGCUUCCGGCCUUAUCAUCGCCGAUGACGAUCCGCCGGAUCUCCGCGCCGCCGCUGCCACGGGAGCCCGGAUGAUGGACGAUGACGAGUAUAACCCUAUCGUUGUGGCGGGACGCGGUGGUGGCGGCGGCGGCGGCGGUGGGGGUCAGUUCCGGCGCGCGAAGAAGUCUGGUUGGAAGACCGUUGGUAGUGGUGCUGGCCAGGAUGCGGAGAGUGAUGCGGCUGAUGCGAUAUUGGCGUUGGCGGCGGCGGAACGGAGGGCCGGGCGCGGGGGGGAUGAGAUGGAUGAGGAUGACGAGCCGGUUGUUGCGGAGGAGGGGGAUUUUGAUGGAGGGCUGAGGAUGGAGUCGGGGGCGAAGGCGGGCUUGCAGACGGCAGCGGAUACGGCGGCCAUGGUGGCGGCGCAGGAGCGGAAGAAGAAGCUGGAGGCUGCCAGGUUCAAGGAUAGCCGGGCCGGGGAGGGGGAGAAGGCACAGGAGACGAUCUAUCGUGAUGCGUCCGGGCGGAUCAUCAACGUGGCGCUGAAGCGGGCGGAGGCGCGACGGGCGGAAGAGGAGAAGAAGCUGAAGGAGGAGGAGGCCCGCGAGGCGCUGAUGGGCGAUGUGCAGCGACGCGAGAGGGAGGAGAGACGCCAGCAGCUACAGGAGGCCAAGGCCAUGCCGUUGGCGCGCAGGGCCGACGACGACGAGCUGAAUGACGAGCUGAAGGCGCGCCAGCGCUGGAAUGACCCCGCCGCGCAGUUCCUGACCAAGUCCACCGGGCCCGGGACGAGUGUGACGGGGAAGCCCUUGUAUAAGGGCGCUUUCCAGCCGAAUCGCUAUGGCAUUCGGCCGGGCCACCGCUGGGAUGGCGUGGACCGCAGUAAUGGCUUCGAGAAGGAGUGGUUUGCGGCGAGGAAUCGCAAAGGGCGAUUGGAGGCGCUGGACUAUCAGUGGCAGAUGGACGAGUGA